AUGGCUGACUCGGCUGGGCCGCGCUUCGCCCGCCUCAAGGCCCGGACUCCCCGCGCUUCUCGAAACGCCACAGGGUUCCAGACUAAAACCCGCGGGGCACACCCCAAAGGCUGCUCCAGGGGAGGAGGUCUUCAGGGCAGAGAAGGCCGAGAGCGUCCCUUCGCUGUCCUCGAGUCUUCUACAAAAGACCUCCGGCCAGACCCCCACCUCUUUACACUAGUGUCCCAAGAAUUUUCCCCAGAAUGGGCUGUCUCUGAAGGAGAGGGAGUAGAGGUGCUGGAGCCUAGAGCUAGGUCGCCAGAAUGGGUAAGUGACCAGGGCAACCUAGGCAGGGCUUGUGCAGUUGGCUUUGAACCUCGCUCGCGCCAGCCCACCUUCGAGAUGUACUGUUGCUUAGGUGCUAAACAGACAAAUGCCUUAAAACAAGAAGAUACUUCUAAAAGGAAAGCAGAACUAGAAGCAGCUGUGAGAAAGAAGAUUGAAUUUGAGAGAAAAGCUCUACAUAUUGUUGAACAGCUUUUAGAAGAGGAUAUUACAGAAGAAUUCCUAAGGGAGUGUGGGAAGUUCAUCACACCUGCUCACUACAGCGAUGUCGUGGAUGAGCGUUCUAUUAUCAAGCUCUGCGGUUAUCCUUUAUGUCAGAAAAAACUAGGAAUUGUACCAAAACAGAAGUAUAAGAUUUCUACCAAAACCAAUAAAGUCUAUGAUAUUACUGAAAGAAAGUGUUUUUGCAGCAAUUUUUGUUACAAAGCAUCUAAGUUUUUUGAAGCACAAAUUCCUAAAACUCCAGUAUGGGUUCGAGAAGAGGAAAGGGAUCCUGAUUUUCAACUGCUACAGGAAGGACAAAGUGGCCAUUCUGGAAAGGAAGUACAGCUAUGCACUAAGGCCAUUAAAACAUCAGAUAUUGACAAUCCUGGCCAUUUUGAGAAGCAUUAUGAAUCUAGUUCUUCUAGCGCUCAUAGUGACAGUAACAGUGACAAUGAGCAAGACUUUGUUUCCUCCAUUCUACCAGGAAACAGACUGGUAGAUGCAAUGGGUGUAAGUCCAAAGCUGCACAAAAAAAGCAUAAUGAAAAAGAAAGCCGGCCAUAAAGCUAACUCCAAGCAUGAAGACAAAGAACAGACAGUAAUAGAUGUCUCUGAGCAGCUAGGCAAUUGCACAUUAGAUAGUCAGGAGAAAGCUGCUGCUUGUGAACUUCCUUCACAGAAAGUAAGUACUCAGAUUUCUCCAAAUAGUCCUUUGCAAGAAAAAGUAGAAGUUUCAGAAAAUUCUGGAAAUAAAUACAGUAGUUCAAAAGUAACUCUAGUAGGCAUAAGUAAGAAAAGUGCUGAGCAUUUUAAGAGAAAGUUUGCCAAAUCAAACCAGGUUUCUAGAUCAGCCUCUAAUUCAGUGCAGAUGUGCCCUGAAGUUGCAAAGGCAAACUUACUUAAAGUCCUGAAGGAGACUUUGAUUGAGUGGAAGACAGAAGAAACUUUGAGGUUUUUGUAUGGCCAGAAUUAUGCUUCUUUGUGUCUGAAACUCUCUUCAGCCUCUCUGGUUAAAGAAGAAGAACUUGAUGAAGAUGACAUAGAUUGUGACCUAGACAGACAUUCUCCUUCCCUGCAGGGAUCUCAGAAUAGCUUGGAUGAGUCUUUACCUUUUAGGACUUCAGAUACAGCCAGUAAACCACUACCAAGUUAUGAGAAUUUGAAAAAAGAAACUGAAACCUUAAAUCUAAGGAUAAGGGAGUUUUAUAGAGGACGAUAUGUUUUGAAUGAAGAAACUACCAAAUCACAAGACUCAGAAGAGCAAGAUCCCACCUUUCCGCUGAUAGAUUCAAGUUCUCAGAACCAGAUUAGAAAACGCAUCGUACUUGAAAAGUUGAGUAAAAUAGUGCCUGGACUUUUGGGGCCUCUUCAGAUCACAUUAGGAGAUAUUUAUGCACAGCUUAAAAAUCUCGUUCGAACUUUCAGGUUAACAAAUAGAAAUAUUAUACACAAACCUGCAGAGUGGACCUUAAUUGCUGUGGUGUUGUUGUCAUUACUGACCCCGAUUCUUGGCAUUCAGAAGCAUUCUCAGGAAAACGUGGUGUUCACACAGUUUAUAGAGACUCUGCUUAAAGAAUUACAUUUAAAGAAUGAAGACCUUGAAAGCUUAACUCUCAUAUUUAAAACCAGCUGUUAACCAGAGUGGUAUAAUCCAUGAAGACCAAAUAGAAGAUGAA